AUGGAUGGGAACCUCCUUGACAGUGCCUGCAAUUACCCUUACCAGCCGCUCCACGGUGAGCAGCACGAAUUCCGCGUCCUCGACGUCUACCCUGGUACCGGCAAACAUGUUCUGCAGUGCUGUCUCAGGCAUUUAAAGCCCGGUUCAGGUGGUAUAUCGCCCUACGAGACGAUAUCGUACUGCUGGGGCGACCAUACUAGCUAUGAGAACCUAGUAAUCGAUGAUCUUCCUCUGGCCGCACCAGCAACGGCAGUUGCAGCACUACUCCGGAUGCGUCUUCCUACAAAAGUCAGGACCUUGUGGAUCGAUGCCAUCUGUAUCGACCAGGAAGACUAUGAUGAGCGGGCAGACCAGGUCACUCGAAUGGCUGGCAUAUAUCGUCACUCUCGGGGUAAUCUGGUAUACCUUGGCGAGGAUGAUCCAUCACUCGUGAGUGCCGUGAGGAGUAUACACAACAUUCUGCCCGAAGUUGACCGCCAUACGAACGACGCAGGCGGCUUCUGGGAUGCGGUCAUUGUCAACGGUGGGUUCAACUUUUCGGCCACGGGGUUUGACGACGACACGAAGCUGUCAUACACGGCUUUGGAUCGCUUCUUCAGCAGAGCUUGGUUCAGUCGCCUUUGGGUCAUUCAGGAGACUUUAGUCGCUCCUUCUAAUCGCUGCUUUUGCGGUCCUCACGAGCUGGAGUUGUUGGACGUACUUCGCGCCGCCGUCUGGAUGCUUCACAAACACCAACACUGGAGGGCGCAGAUGGAUAACAUACAGUUCAAUGUCUUUUUUGAUUGGUGGUACAAGCUACGCCCGGAGCGGACUCGCGAGAAGGCCACGUUUGACAACGUGCUCGAAGUUCUAUUCUUCAGCAGGAUCAGAAAGACCUCCGAUACUCGCGACAGGCUUUUCGCGUUACUCGGACUACUACCAGAGGAUGUCUCAAAAGCCAUCAAACCUGAUUAUCGCAUUUCUGCCUUGGCUCUGAUGCAGCGAGUCACACGUCAGUCCCUACUUGACGACUCCAAAACCAAUGUUUUCAACAGCACGAUUUUUACCGUUUGUAGCAUGGAGGAGGGGUGUGGUAUCGGAAGCUGGCCUUCGUGGGUACCUAGAUGGGACCGCCCACCCAUGCGCCAGCCCGGUCAACUGCCUGUCUUCUUUGCUGCUGGCGGCGAAGAAGCGCUUGCUGCGGUCGGAGAAGACACUGAUGAGAGUAUACUCUCACUCGGCGGGUUUGUCGUCGAUCGUGUCACUUGCGUCACCGAGAUGCUGAAGAAGAACGCUGCGGCUGAUCUGGAGUACCUGUUCAACUGGCUGAACGGCGCGCAAGAAACUGCUCGGGAGGGCGACGACUAG